AUGGCACUCCCAACCGGAGUGUUUAGUUCAUCUCUUUCGGAGUUAUACCUAGAGUGUAUACAGUUAUUUGGAGAAUUCCUCCUCGCCCUCAGCGAGAAGGACUGCCGGGUUAUCUGUCUUGAGCAGGUUCACCUUUCCAAGAUACUCGAAGAGUACGGGAGGACCAAGGUCUGGGGCGAUCACACUAAAGCAAACCUACCGGCGAGAGCUCGUGGGUCUUUGGACAACACCCUACGCCACGAUACUGAGCUCAAACAUUUGGUGCAGGCCAUUCUCAUGCGAUUAAAAGCACUCCUCAGCCAGGGCAAGUCGAAUAGUGUCAGCGCCGACUCUGAUUCUGAUUCGAACGACGGUGGUGGAAACCAGCACUACAGGAUGCCAAAGAUUCGUUUGCUUGUCCAGCAGACGCUGGAGCAGAUCCAAUCGCUUUACGACCUGUCUGCUUUGCUACGGCGCCCUAAGAUUGUGGACAAAUAUAUCCACUCUGUUAACUCGGAAUCACAUGUAGCCUCAUUAAACAACCCUUACCACUUGCCACUAAGUGUCGCGUUCAGCAGAUCUGACGAAACCCACAUUAUAGAGAAGGUUCUGCAAUGGCGCAGCUUGACUAAGAGCGCGCAGGGUAUCGACUUUGAGUUUGAGGGCGUUGCCCUGAUGGGACAAGGAUUGACGAAUUAUUGCGUGGAAGACAUUCCGUGGUUUUGUCAACGGCUUGCAGCAGCAAACACAAGACGUCGUGAACAAUUUCAAUAUUGGAAUGAUCAUCCAUAUGACUCCAGGCAAGACACUAUCCACGCAGCCCGACUUGCAACACCACGUCUAGAAGAAAAACAGGAGCCACAAAACCGAGCGUCGACAUUUCAGCCUUCCAUUCCCAAAGUCCCGCGUGAAGGGCCCAAGUCAACUGCGUCGAAACAAAGUUUCUCUACUGCUGCUGUCUCAGACAUUCACGAUACGAAGACCAACGUACGACCUCGGACUAUCUACACGCCCACAGCCGUCGGCCAAGGCCGUUUCAACUCUGUACCAGAUCCCCCAAAGACAGUAUUUGGAACCACAUUUCCAUGUCCGUACUGUGGGACGACUCUUGAGUCUAGUGAGAUGCAGAACAGGCAGUCAUGGAAGCGUCACGUAUUUCGCGAUCUCCGUCCCUACAUCUGCACAUUCGAGGACUGCCAGAACGGUGGGAAGCUUUACGUUAGCCGCCACGACUGGAUUUAUCACGAGCUUCAAAUUCACCGCCGUAAUUAUGGGCAUCUUGCCGCUCACAUGGAGGACAUUGCCCUCUUUGUAUUGCCCAAUACCAAUGAAGAGGAAGAUGUUGGAGAUUCGAAGGCCUCUGUGCAGGUGGCCAAACUAAAGUCUAAAGGCCAAAUCAGUGGUACAGAGUCAGAGCUAAGCAGCCUUGGCUAUUCUGCAGCCGGAGAUGAUAGGCAAAUUCCGACCGAUUUCUCAGAACUUCUCACCAGCGAAGAAGUGGGAUAUACAUCAAAAGUUUUGUCUUGGAGAAGAAGAGACGAUGACCAAAUAUCGGCACUGGUCAAAGCAACGAUGGAGACGAACAACACAAACCUCGGCAAGGAUCAUCCCGACACGCUGGUCAGUAUAGCCAACCUAGCGUUGACGUAUAGGAAUCAGGGCCGGUGGGAAGAGGCCAAGCAGCUCGAUGUGCAGGUCAUGGAGACUUAUAAGACGACGCUCGGCGAGGGCCAUCCCGACACGCUGGUCAGUAUGACCAACCUAGCGUUGACGUAUAGGAAUCAGGGCCGGUGGGAAGAGGCCGAGCAACUCCAGGAACAGGUCAUAGAAACUUGUAAGACGACGCUCGGUGGGGACCAUCCCGACACGCUGGCCAGUAUGACCAACCUAGCGUUGACGUAUAGGAAUCAGGGCCGGUGGGAAGAGGCCGAGCAGCUCCAGGAACAGGUCAUAGAAACUUAUAAGACGACGCUCGGCGAGGACCAUCCCGAUACGCUGGCAAGUAUAACCACCCUGGCAUCAAUGUAUAUGAAAAAGGGCCGGUUGGAAGAGGCCGAGCAGCUCGAUUUGCAGGUGAAGGAGAUUCGUAAGACGCAGCUCGGCGAACACCAUCCUGAUACAUUAUCUACCUCUGAACUAUUGCUGGCACGGGAAACGGAGGGCCCAGAAAUGAAAGCCUAG